AUCAUGGAUCAGGACAGAGAGGAGGGAGUCCCUCCCUCUAAAACCACUCAGAGGAACCAGCCUGGACCUGAACCCAGCUGUGUGUCCAUGAGCAACCGGUCAAAUAAACGAUUAAUCAAUUUCCAUCAAAGUCGUGGAUCUAACAGACAGAACGUUCAGAGGCUAAAACCUGGAUCUAAACCUGAACCCAGCUGUGUCUCUAUGAAAAGCGACCGGUCGAUGGGACGUUUACUUAAUUUCCAUCAAAGUGGUGGAUCUAACAGACAGAUCCUUCAGAAGCUAAAACCUGGAUCUAAACCUGAACCUGGACCUGGACCCAGCUGUGUCUCCAUGAAGAGUGACUGGUCGAUGCAUCAACCUCCUGAUCUAAGAGCAGACCAGCAGAAUCAACCUGGACCUGGACCUGGACCUGGACCUGAGCCCAGCUGUUUGUCCUUUAAGAGCGACUGGUCGAUGGAUUUUAAUCCUCCUGUUUUUAAAUCAGAGCCACAGAGAGUGGACCAGCAGAGCUCAGAGCUUCCCAGUGGUCAGUCUGCCCAGCAGCAUCAAACACAGCUGGACUCCAUAUUUAUGCUGCUGGAGGACAACAUGAUCACUUUCAUGAAGAAGGAGCUGAAGAAGAUCCAGAAGCUUCUGAGUUCAGAUUACCCAGAAUGCUCCGUGUUGGAGGGUGAGGAUGAGGAGCAGAGGAAGAGCAGCAGAGAGGCGUUAGUGAAGAUCACAGUGGACUUCCUGAGGAGGAUGAAGCAGGAGGAGCUGGCUGAGCGUCUGCAGAGCAAACUUCUGGCUGCAGCUUGUCAACGUAAACUAAAAUGUGGUCUGAAGAAGAAGUUCCAGUGUGUGUUUGAGGGGAUUGCUAAAGCAGGAAACCCAACCCUUCUGAACCAGAUCUACACAGAGCUCUACAUCACAGAGGGAGGGACUGCAGAGGUCAAUGAUGAACAUGAGGUCAGACAGAUUGAAACAGCAUCCAGGAAACCACACAGACCAGAAACAAGCAUCAGACAAGAAGACAUCUUUAAACUCCCACCUGGAAGAGAUGAACCAAUCAGAACAGUGAUGACAAAGGGAGUGGCUGGCAUUGGGAAAACUGUCUUAACACAGAAGUUCACUCUGGACUGGGCUGAAGACAAAGCCCACCAGGACAUCCAGUUGACAUUUCCACUGACUUUCAGAGAGCUGAAUGUGCUGAAAGAGAAAAAGUUCAGCUUGGUGGAACUUGUUCAUCACUUCUUUACUGAAACCAAAGAAGCAGGAAUCUGCAGCUUUGAAGAGUUCCAGGUCGUCUUCAUCUUGGACGGUCUGGAUGAGAGUCGACUUCCUCUGGACUUCCACAACAAUGAGACCCUGACUGAUGUUACAGAGUCCACCUCAGUGGAUGUGCUGCUGACUAACCUCAUCAGGGGGAAACUGCUUCCCUCUGCUCGCCUCUGGAUAACCACACGACCUGCAGCAGCCAAUCAGAUCCCUCCUGACUGUGUUGGCAUGGUGACAGAGGUCAGAGGGUUCACUGACCCACAGAAGGAGGAGUACUUCAGGAAGAGGUUCAGAGGUGAGGAGCAGGCCAGCAGGAUCAUCUCCCACAUGAAGACAUCACGAAGCCUCCACAUCAUGUGCCACAUCCCAGUCUUCUGCUGGAUCACUGCUACAGUUCUGGAGGAUGUGCUGGAAACCAGAGAGGGAGGAGAGCUGCCCAAGACCCUGACUGAGAUGUACAUCCACUUCCUGGUGGUCCAGACCAAAGUCAAGAAGGUCAAGUAUGAUGGAGGAGCUGAGACAGAUCCACACUGGAGUCCAGAGAGCAGGAAGAUGAUUGAGUCUCUGGGAAAACUGGCUUUUGAUCAGCUGCAGAAAGGAAACCUGAUCUUCUAUGAAUCAGACCUGACAGAGUGUGGCAUCGAUAUCACAGCAGCCUCAGUUUACUCAGGAGUGUUCACACAGAUCUUUAAAGAGGAGAGAGGACUGUACCAGGAGAAGGUGUUCAGCUUCGUCCAUCUGAGUGUUCAGGAGUUUCUGGCUGCUCUUCAUGUCCGUCUGACCUUCAUCAAGUCUGGAAUCAACCUGAUGGAAGAUGAACAAACAGUUUCUGUUCGUUCAAAUAAACCAGGUCUUCGUCUCCAUCAGAGUGCUGUGUACAAGGCCUUACAGAGUCCAAAUGGACACCUGGACUUGUUCCUCCGCUUCCUCCUGGGUCUUUCACUGCAGACCAAUCAGAGUCUCCUACGAGGCCUGAUGACAGAGACAGGAAGUAGCUCACAGACCAAUCAGGAAACAGUCCAGUACAUCAAGAAGAAGAUCAGUGAGAAUGUGUCUGCAGAGAGAAGCAUCAAUCUGUUCCACUGUCUGAAUGAACUGAAUGAUCGUUCUCUAGAGGAGGAGAUCCAUCAGUUCCUGAGAUCAGGACGUCUCUCCACAGAUAAACUGUCUCCUGCUCAGUGGUCAGCUCUGGCCUUCAUCUUACUGUCAUCAGAAGAAGAUCUGGAGGUGUUUGACCUGCAGAAAUACUCUCCUUCAGAGGAGGUUCUUCUGAGGCUGCUGCCAGUGGUCAAAGUCUCCAGCAAAGCUCUGCUGAGUGCGUGUGGUCUCUCAGAGACAAGCUGUGGACCUCUGUCCUCAGUCCUCAGCUCCCAGUCCUCCAGUCUGACAGAACUGGACCUGAGUAACAACGACCUGCAGGACUCAGGACUGAAGAAGCUGUGUGGUGGACUGAAGAGUCCAGACUGCAAACUGGAAACUCUCAGGCUGAGUGGGUGUGGUCUCUCAGAGACAAGCUGUGGACCUCUGUCCUCAGUCCUCAGCUCCCAGUCCUCCAGUCUGACAGAACUGGACCUGAGUAACAACGACCUGCAGGACUCAGGAUUCACACUGUCCCAUCACUCAUUCAUCAGUCAGCAUCAAAGUGUCAAUAGAUCAAUAACUGCAGCUGGAUUGUGUUUGUUCUCUCCAUCAGAUUCCUGUCCACUCACCAUCCACAUGGACACAGUGAACAGAAGACUCAAACUGUCUGACAACAACAGGAAGGUGACACAUGUGGAGGAGCGUCAGUCAUAUCCUGGUCAUCCAGACAGAUUUAACUUGUGUCCUCAGCUGCUGUGUGAAAAUGUUCUGACUGGUCGCUGCUACUGGGAGGUCGAGUGGAGAGGAAGAGUUUUUAUAUCAGUGAGUUACAGAGAAAUCAGAAGGAGAGGAAACAGCAGAGACUGUUGGUUUGGAUUCAAUGAUCAGUCCUGGAGUCUGAGAUGCUCUGAUGAUAAAGGUUACUCUGUCUGGCACAAUAACAGAGAAACACGCAUCACCUCCUCCUCCUCCUCCUCCUCCUCCUCCUCCUCUGUCUCUAACAGAGUAGCAGUGUAUGUGGACUGUCCUGCUGGCUCUCUGUCCUUCUACAGAGUCUCCUCUGACUCACUGAUCCACCUCCACACCUUCAUCACCACAUUCACUCAUCCUCUCUAUGCUGGAUUUGGGUUCUGGUUCUGGUCUGGUUCCAGGUUUGGUUUCUGGGUGUGUGUGUGUUGA